GUGUUGAGUUUGAGGCCCAGGCUGAUUUCAAACCAAUCUGUUUAACUGCCGCCUCUUCUCUUCUUCUCUACAGUCCAGAGAAUAGAAAAAUGGCGCUUCUGAAUAUUUUAUCACAGCCAACUAUGUCUGGAUUGACCAAGAUUGCAUCACUUUCCCUCUACAAUUACAAUCCAAGCUCUCUUCAUCAUGGCUACAGCAAUGCCUUUCAUUGUACCUGCAACACAUUCCCCUGUUUUUCAUCUCUUUCUAUCGCUAGAACACCGCCCACCAAGCAGAUUUUAUCCAAAUCAGGCAAUACUAUUGCUUCAACUGAUGGGAGGAGACAGUUCCAAGCAAAUUCUGUCUUUCCUACCACACCUGCUGAAGUAUCCUCUGUAGAUGAUCUUUUCGAUUUCAUAUGCUCUGGUCCCUUAUUGGAAAAGAUGGGUUUUACUUCAGAAUCUGUUGCUGAGUCAGUUGACAAGUGGUUGCAGUAUGGAUUAUACCUAUGCAGACUGUUUCGGUUAAAUGAACUUUACCUCACAUUGCCCCAGAAAGUUAGGCUUUAUCACUACUACAUUCCAGUGUUCUUGUGGAUUGAACAGCAGAUUUCAAAUCACAGUUCUUCAUUUGAAGAUGGAAAAGAAGUCCUUCCUCUUGUGGUUGGAUUUAGUGCUCCACAAGGUUGUGGGAAGACUACAUUGGUAUUUGCUCUGGAUUAUCUUUUCCGUAUGACUGGAAGGAAGUCUGCAACUAUAUCUAUAGAUGAUUUUUACCUGACAGCAGAGGAACAGGCAAAACUCAGAGAAAGUAAUCCAGGAAAUGCACUUUUAGAGUUCCGUGGAAAUGCAGGAAGCCAUGACCUCCCUUUUUCGGUUGAAACACUGACUGCUAUGAUGAAAUUGACAAAAGAAGGUACAAAGAUGAAGCUGCCCCGAUACAACAAAUCUGCAUACGAUGGCAGGGGUGAUAGAGCCGAUCCUUCAACAUGGCCAGAAGUUGAAGGACCUCUUACGGUUAUUUUAUUUGAGGGUUGGAUGCUUGGGUUUAAGCCCAUUCCAGCUGAAGUAGUUAAAGCUGUUGAUCCUCAGUUGGAGAUUGUUAACAAAAAUCUAGAAGCUUAUUACAAUGCAUGGGACAAGUUCAUAAAAGCAUGGAUAGUUAUCAAGAUUCAAGACCCGAGUUUCGUAUAUCAAUGGCGAUUGCAGGCAGAGAUUGCCAUGAGGGAAGAUGGGAAAGAUGGUAUGACGGAUGAGGAGAUUUUGGACUUUGUUUCGCGAUAUAUGCCAUCAUACAAAGCAUAUCUACCAACUCUAUACUCGGAAGGUCCGAGUGGGUCGGAUCCAGAACAUCUCCUUGUCAUUGACAUUGAUGAAGGAAGGAAUCCUAUCCUUGGUUGCUAGAUGAUCACCAUUUGGGUUAGUGUUUAAAUGGAAUUUUUUUACUGUCCUUUACUUAUUAUGUAACGCUUUAUUGUUGUUUAGGUGGAAUAUUAAGAAAAAUAAUUUAGUAUGUGAAUUAAGAUUAUGUAUAUGAAAUACAAAAAGAAAUUUGUUUAAAGAAAAUGCAAUAAAUAUUUCCAGAUGCUUUGAUAUAAUGUAUAAUUUGAUCUUUAUUUACCAAA